AAUACAUAAAAAUGAAUUUCUUUCAUCCACUUUUGCAAACUCUUCAGUGUAAGAAUCGCUAUUCUAUUUGUUUUAGUCAUGCGUUUCAAUCUCAGUGCAGACAGACAAUAAACCACUCUGAAUCUCCUCAAUCCACCUAUCAAAGUCGAAGAGAACGACUCGCUCCUCCCUCCCAUCUAUCAAAUGACGUAAUAGGAACUACUAUAACGACAGAUGGUUGACUCAGCAACUCAUGGGUUGUAGAUGCAGACUCUUCCCAAGGACUUGGACCCACCAAAGACAAUCAAUAAGAAAAUGUAUGUUGUUUAAAUAUCCCUCAGAAGCAAAAAAGCCAACACUUGUGGCCAUCCAGACAAGGAACAUUAUGCCAAAGGAAUGUGCAACAAUUGCUAUCAUCGAUUGGGCAGAAACAAACAACCUUGGCUAUGCUCACACAAAAAACUAUAUGCAUGUAAUUUAUCAUCUCAAUCUACAAGGCGGACUCUGUUAGAAUUGCUACAUCAACCAAUAUAAUAAAAAAAGAAGAGUCGAAAAUCAAGAUCAACUAGAGUCAGAACUUAACAAUUAAUCUGGCAUACCCAAAACAGACAAUUGA